CGAGCGGGAAGGCGCCGCGGGACUUGCGCGCCGGCCUCUGCAGAGCGGCGGAGAUAUUUUAAGUGAAAUCUCUUCUGGGUGGAGACCAAGAUGUCCAGUUCAGCUCGGGACCAUCUCCUUUUUGUGCGACGGCGCAAUCCUCAGCUGCGGUAUACUCUGAGCCCAGAGAACCUCCAAAGCUUGGCCUCUCAGGGCAGCGUGCCUGAGAACAUGAACUUGCAACGUGCCAACAGUGACACAGACCUAGUGACUUCUGACAGCCGUUCUAGCUUGACAGCCAGCAUGUAUGAAUACACCCUUGGGCAGCCACAGAACCUUAUCAUUUUCUGGGAUAUUAAAGAAGAAGUGGAUCCCACAGACUGGAUAGGACUUUAUCAUAUUGAUGAGAAUUCACCAGCAAACUUCUGGGAUUCCAAGAAUCGUGGUGUGACCGGAACACAGAAAGGUCAAAUUGUAUGGCGAAUUGAACCUGGCCCCUAUUUUAUGGAACCGGAAAUAAAGAUCUGUUUUAAAUACUACCAUGGAAUAAGUGGAGCCCUGCGAGCGACAACUCCAUGCAUCACUGUGAAAAACCCUGCUGUGAUGAUGGGGGCCGAAGGGGCUGCAGCAGGUCAGCAGUGCCGGAAACUAGUUAGCUUUACACUAUCAGAUAUUAGGGCAGUUGGACUUAAAAAAGGGAUGUUCUUCAAUCCUGAUCCAUACUUAAAGAUGUCCAUUCAGCCUGGAAAGAAGAGUACUUUCCCUACAUUUGCCCACCACGGUCAAGAAAGACGCUCUACUAUCAUCAGUAACACAACUAAUCCUAUUUGGCACAGAGAGAAAUAUUCUUUUGUAGCACUUCUAACUGAUGUCUUGGAAAUUGAGAUCAAAGACAAAUUUGCCAAGAGUCGGCCUAUCAUCAAACGCUUUCUCGGGAAGCUCACAAUUCCAGUUCAGAGACUGUUGGAAAGACAUGCCAUAGGAGACCAGAUUCUCAGCUAUAACCUCGGCAGAAGGCUUCCAGCUGACCACGUCAGUGGCUAUCUCCAAUUCAAAGUAGAGAUUACCUCUUCUGUCCAUGAAGAUGCUUCUCCAGAAACGGUAGGAACCUUGUUAGGAGUAAACUCUGUAAAUGGAGACUUGGGGAGUCCUUCUGAUGAAGAGGAUGUCCCUGCAGGGCAUCAUGAUUUGCCUCCGGUUUGUUUGAAUGGCCCCCUGUGUGAGGAAUCCACUGGAGAGGGAACCCCACGACAUUCAUUGAGGACUAGCGCAACUCUGGAAACAGAUCAGGAGGACUUGACCUCUACAGCUUCAAGGUCAUCGCCUCCCCGAGGCCGCCAGGACUCACUGAAUGAUUACCUGGAUGCUAUUGAGCAAAACAGUCAUUCUCGGCCUGGGACUUCUGCUUGCAAUGAGCGGCCUAUUGGGGCAUCCCCCAAAUUAAGGAGUAGCUUCCCUACUGAUACGAGACUUAAUGCUAUGCUUCACAUAGACUCUGAUGAAGAGGAGCAUGAAUUCCACCAAGGUUUGGGAUUCCAGUCCUCAAUGGAUGAUGAUGGCGGAUUAGUCAUGCUGAAUGGUGCGACCCGAAAUGCUGAAAGCCAUUUUUUAAAUUGUUCAUCCAGCCAGGUUACGCAAAGCCAAGGUCCCGAGGAAAACGGAGGAGCAGCAGAUGCAGAAGCUUCGUUGCUUCCUUCGGAUGGCCAGCAAGAGUCCCUUCCGGGGCUGCCAGAGUCAGAGACAGCCAUGGAAGAAACUGAAGCGCUUCAAGGUCCUCAGGAUAACGGGCCAGCAGAUUUGGUUAGCGUUGAGAUUUGUGCACCUCAGGAGGCCGAACCGCCUGCCAGUGGUGCAGACACGGGAGCUUCUGAGACUUCUGGCAGCAGAAGAAGCGUGAGGGAAGCUGAAUCUAUGGACCAGGGAUCAGAACCUUCUCAGGUUUCAUCCGAAACUGAGCAGAGUGACCCUGCUCGUACGGAAAGCGUGAGCGAAUCAAGCACUCGGCCGGAAGGCGAGAGCGACGCGGAAGGAGCGGAUGGUUCGUGCAACGAAGCUGUGACUCCCCGACUCUCCUCGGUGGAUACGCAGUGUUCUUCCUUUGAAAGCACCCGAUUUUCUGAGACUCCAGCCUUUUCCUCCCAGGAAGAGGAAGAAGGCGGUUGUGCAGGGGAUGCUGCCAGCAGUGAGCCAGUGGCCGAAAUGCAGGUUGUUGUAUGCACUCAGGCUUCCUUGCCCUCAGUACACAUACCCAGCGUCCAAGAGGAAAGGCAGUUGAACGAAAUGGGCGGUCUACAGGAUAUUGAUGAGGCUGAAGAAAUCUGGCAGAGGAGGAGGAGCUUGCAGGCGGCAGCCACACACAGCCAAUCCCAGGAGGGGGAGGCUGGAGGGGCACAGGCGGCUUGCGAGGGGGCUGCUUCGGAAGCUGAUGGCGCUAGCGGAGGCUCCCAAAGCAAUGGCCACCAGCCUCUGAGAACACUUCCCUCAGUGCGUCAGGAUGUUAGUCGUUACCAGAGAGUGGAUGAGGCCUUGCCCCCAAAUUGGGAAGCACGUAUUGACAGUCAUGGGAGAAUAUUCUACGUGGACCAUGUAAACAGAACCACCACGUGGCAGCGGCCUACAGCACCCCCGGCCCCACAGAUCCUCCAGCGUUCCAACUCUAUACAGCAAAUGGAGCAGUUGAACCGUCGGUAUCAGAGUAUCCGCCGUACAAUGACCAAUGACAGGCCGGAGGAGCACCCAAAUGCCAUGGAUGGAGCUGGAGAGGAUCCAGACUUUCAUCACCCAAACGCAGAUUUCCGAAGGGAGAACGUACUUCCUCAUUCUACCUCCCGAUCCCGGCUCACUCUGCUGCUCCAGUCUCCCCCUGUGAAGUUCCUGAUCAGCCCGGAAUUCUUCACAGUGCUGCAUUCUAACCCUAGUGCCUACCGCAUGUUUACAAACAAUACGUGUCUGAAGCACAUGAUCACCAAAGUCCGACGGGACACCCACCACUUUGAACGCUACCAACACAAUCGAGACUUGGUGGGCUUUCUGAAUAUGUUUGCCAACAAACAGCUUGAGUUGCCGAGGGGCUGGGAAAUGAAACACGAUCAUCAGGGCAAGGCUUUCUUCGUUGACCACAAUUCCCGCACCACCACGUUCAUCGACCCACGGCUUCCUUUGCAAAGUAGCAGGCCAACAAGCGCAUUGGUCCACCGGCAGCAUUUGACCAGACAGCGCAGCCACAGUGCUGGUGAGGUAGGAGAAGACGCUCGUCACUCCGGACCUCCCGUUCUGCCAAGGCCGUCGAGUACAUUCAAUACAGUCAACAGGGCUCAGUACCAGGACAUGGUUCCUGUGGCUUACAACGACAAGAUUGUUGCAUUUCUGCGACAACCCAAUAUCUUUGAAAUUCUACAGGAACGACAGCCAGAUCUGACCAGAAAUCAUUCACUCAGGGAGAAGAUUCAAUUUAUACGAACGGAAGGAACUCCAGGACUGGUGCGCUUAUCCAGCGACGCAGACCUUGUCAUGUUACUAAGUUUAUUUGAAGAAGAGAUCAUGUCAUAUGUGCCUCCACAUGCCUUACUCCACCCCAGUUAUUGCCAGUCACCGCGAGGUUCCCCAGUAUCUUCGCCUCAGAACUCUCCAGGGACUCAGCGCGCUAAUGCCCGAGCUCCAGCUCCUUAUAAAAGAGAUUUUGAAGCCAAGUUGAGGAAUUUCUACAGGAAGCUGGAGACUAAAGGAUAUGGGCAAGGCCCAGGGAAAUUAAAAUUAAUUAUCAGGAGAGACCAUUUGCUAGAAGAUGCCUUCAACCAAAUUAUGGGUUACUCAAGAAAAGACCUGCAAAGAAACAAACUGUAUGUCACCUUUGUCGGAGAGGAAGGGCUGGACUACAGCGGACCUUCAAGGGAGUUUUUUUUCCUAGUUUCAAGAGAGCUCUUCAACCCAUAUUACGGCUUAUUUGAAUAUUCUGCCAAUGAUACUUACACUGUACAAAUAAGUCCCAUGUCUGCUUUUGUAGACAAUCAUCAUGAAUGGUUCAGGUUUAGCGGCCGAAUCCUCGGUCUUGCUCUAAUUCAUCAGUAUUUGUUGGAUGCCUUCUUUACACGCCCAUUUUAUAAAGCCCUUCUCAGAAUACUGUGUGACCUGAGUGACUUGGAAUACCUUGAUGAGGAGUUCCACCAGAGUUUGCAGUGGAUGAAAGACAACGAUAUACAUGAUAUCCUAGAUCUCACAUUCACUGUAAAUGAAGAAGUCUUUGGACAGAUUACUGAAAGGGAGCUGAAGCCUGGGGGAGCCAACAUCCCAGUGACGGAAAAGAACAAGAAGGAAUAUAUAGAGAGAAUGGUGAAGUGGAGAAUUGAAAGAGGGGUUGUGCAACAGACCGAGAGUCUAGUUCGUGGUUUCUAUGAGGUUGUUGAUGCCAGGCUGGUGUCUGUAUUUGAUGCAAGAGAGUUGGAGCUGGUUAUUGCUGGCACUGCAGAAAUUGACUUAAGUGACUGGAGAAACAACACCGAGUAUAGAGGAGGAUACCACGACAAUCACAUUGUCAUUCGAUGGUUUUGGGCUGCUGUAGAAAGAUUCAACAACGAACAGCGGCUGAGACUGCUGCAGUUUGUUACAGGCACGUCCAGUAUACCGUACGAAGGCUUUGCAUCUUUGAGAGGGAGCAACGGACCAAGAAGAUUCUGUGUAGAAAAAUGGGGGAAAAUCACUGCUCUGCCCAGGGCUCACACUUGUUUCAAUCGUCUGGAUUUGCCCCCUUACCCAUCAUUCUCCAUGCUGUACGAGAAGUUGCUGACCGCUGUGGAAGAGACGAGCACAUUUGGACUUGAGUGAAACAAGCGCAUGCAGACUCGAGCACCCAGCACCUUGGGCCUAUAUGGACCUUCCUCAAAGAAAUACCUGAACAUUUGGAUUGUGUUUCCUAGAGGAAAACCUGUUUUGCAUUGCACAUUUAAGGCAUAGACUUGAUGGAUUUGCAACCUGAGCUCAGGGGAGCAUUUGCAAGUUCUGUACAAGCCACUCGAGUGCUCUAUAGCCCAAGGUAUUUGUGGUCUGUGGGGAGAACCAACAAUCCAGCAAUUGACUUUUGUGUAUGUGUGUGUCUUCUGGCCACCAAACAUUUAAAUAUUUGUGAUGCCAUAGGAGAAACGAAAGGAGAUGUGAGGACAUCUGAUCAGCCUCAGGGCUUUUGCGAAAUCUUUGCUGUCUCAAAAAUGGACCCUCCCACACCCCAGUACUUGAACAGGGUUCAAGGUGAAAGUUCAUCAGCCCAUCGGUAAAUUUUAGGAAGCCGAGUGCAAAAUACUGGCUUCUCUGUUUUGUUGUUAAUCUAGUAGAAGUUAUUUCCCAAGGGUACACUACUUUAUGUCAUAAACAAUACAGAUAGGACAAUAUGCUAUACAUGCUUAUACCUAAGCCUAUGAGUGCCUGCAUGGUGUGCACCAUAGAGAUCGAUUUUCUGGGGCUUAUGAAGAAGACAACGGACAGUUGGCAACAUGGGGUGGCAGCUGGGUGGUGUCUUGUACAAAUGUAUAUGCAAACAGCGUGUUCAGCUAAAGAUGAACUGUUACAGGAGAAUCUAAUAAUGACGGAUUUUAUGCUUUAUCCUGCAUGAAGAGUGUUUUUAAAAAAGAAAAAAUAACUAGACCUAAACACAGCAAUCAGGAAAAAGAAAACCUCUUACACAGUGACUUUUGUUUAUUUUUAUAGGUUCAUGAUACUGAGUUCCUUAGAGUGUAAAUAAGAAAUUAGUGGACAAAAUACUCUUUUGUUCUUUUCACUUUUCCAUGCUAAAUAGAUCAUUGUUCUUGUGUUUGAUUCUUUAAGCACUCUCAAGGGAAAUAAUAAUAAUAAUGAUAAUAAUAUAUAUGCCUUUUAUUUUUAUAAGGGUAAGAUAUUCCUGAAACUAUUUUUUUGCACUGAAUGUACCAAAGUCAAAGGGACAUUAUGAUCUGACUGACGGAAAAAUUGCAUCCCUCGUACAAAUCGACUGGAAGUUGCUGCUUUAGGACCGAGCUUUCCUCACAGUGCGACGCCUGUCAAUCAUAUCAGGAAAGUGCACACAAAGUAAUAAUUUUUUUAAAGCCACUACAUGUAAUACUGUGUAAUAUGCAUUGAUUUCGAAUGCAUUUUAUUCCCCCCUCCACCAUCUAUCAACUAGUGAAUAGAGUCGGAUACGGAUGUUUCAUAUGUUCCCCUGCAACAUCUCUCUUUUUUGUACAGCAUGUUUAAAGACACUGCAGCAGAUCUGGAAAAAGAAGACGGGCGGCUUCAGAAAGGACGAACGUUCACUUAGGAAUAACUCCACUCAUGUUUAGCAGUGACCCAUCUCCGAGAUGUAAACUGUUUGUAGUGUCUUUUUAAAAGCCUGCAUUUUCAUGAGUGAUUUCUUAUCAAUGUUUAUUAAA